UGGCUUUGUGCGCUGGGAGGCUGUGGGGAAGCCGCGCGAGUGGUUUUCCGCGCUUUCUGGCUCUCCCUCGCCGCGUCUGGGCUGCCUCCGCCGCCGGGUCCUCGCUCGACCCUUUCUCCUCCCCUCGCGUAUAAAAUUUAAACUUGUUUUAUGAAAUCAACUUUUCAUCAAGUAUACCUUUUUGAUGCCUGGUAUCUGAAACCUCCUAAUUAUGCCAGCAGCCACAGUAGAUCACAGCCAAAGAAUCUGUGAAGUGUGGGCUUGUAACCUGGAUGAAGAGAUGAAGAAAAUUCGUCAGGUUAUACGGAAGUUUAACUAUGUUGCCAUGGACACAGAAUUUCCUGGUGUAGUUGCACGACCUAUUGGAGAAUUCAGAAGCAAUGCGGACUAUCAAUACCAGCUACUCCGCUGUAAUGUAGAUUUACUUAAAAUAAUCCAGUUAGGGUUGACAUUCAUGAAUGAGCAAGGUGAAUACCCUCCAGGAACUUCAACAUGGCAAUUUAAUUUUAAAUUUAAUUUAACAGAGGACAUGUAUGCCCAGGAUUCUAUAGAGCUAUUAACAACAUCUGGAAUCCAGUUCAAAAAACAUGAGGAGGAAGGAAUUGAAACUCAGUACUUCGCUGAACUUCUUAUGACUUCGGGUGUUGUGCUCUGUGAAGGAGUCAAGUGGCUUUCAUUUCAUAGUUUUCCAGGUCAGAGGAAGGAACAGCCACAUAUAUCUGCCCUUUGUGUACGGUUAGCAGAUGUUUUUCUAGGGUACUUGGAGUUUAUUUUAUUUGUUAAAUUUGGCUAUGACUUUGGAUAUCUGAUCAAGAUCUUGACAAAUUCCAAUUUACCAGAAGAAGAGCUAGACUUCUUUGAAAUACUGAGACUAUUUUUCCCUGUCAUUUAUGAUGUGAAGUACCUCAUGAAGAGUUGCAAAAAUCUCAAGGGUGGAUUACAAGAAGUUGCUGAGCAGUUAGAGUUGGAAAGGAUAGGUCCUCAGCAUCAAGCAGGAUCUGAUUCUCUACUAACAGGCAUGGCCUUCUUCAAAAUGAGAGAGAUGUUCUUUGAAGAUCACAUUGAUGAUGCCAAGUACUGUGGUCAUUUGUAUGGUCUUGGUUCUGGUUCAUCUUAUGUACAGAAUGGAACAGGAAAUGCAUAUGAAGAAGAAGCCAACAAACAAUCAUGACAUGAAAUGAGAAGGCACUUUUUCUAAGCUCGAUAUGUGGUUGUACAUAGGUUUUAUCUCUGGUUGAAUUCCUUGGACAAUAAGGCGUUCUUUUCCUCUUUAUCAGCACACUUUUCUCUUGCCUUUGUAUGUACUAAACCUGACUGUUCCUGUUCCAAUCCUUUGACCUUGAUAUAUAGGCAUUUCUGGAUUAAAUGUUGCCAUGUACCUUGCCCAUCUGUACAGAAGCACGUGUAGGAACAGUGUGGUAGAUAGAAGAGGAAAGCUAAAAUGAUAAUGACAUUUCUAGUAAACUUUAAUUGGCCUUUGUAUUGGUUUAUUAUCCCUGCCCUUUCCCCUCAAACCUGGGCAAGCGCUGAUUGUAAUCAAUUUCCCCAUUGGAUGUUAAUCCCUUCCGAUGUACAGGGGUUUUAGUUAUUCAUAAUUGUGGACCAUCACAUUUGCACUUUAGAAGAGUGACUCUGAGUCAGAUCCUCUGUUUUAUCUGAAGUUCUGAAUAUUCUUCCCUGACAUAGAAAAAGGGUUCAUCUGCCAGUAUUGCUUCUUCCAGGUCUCAAAUACAUUGAACAAAGCCACAUUCAUUGCCUAAUCUCUCUUCAAAUUUACAGGUAUCUUAGCAGCUACUAUAAAACUGGUGUUUCGUCUUCCAAAGAUUCCUGCCAGCUCUCUGAUAGAAGCAACUAGGUGGAAUCAUGAGGAAUCUCUCAAGGAUACUUUCUUGAAUUGAGAGUCUCUUUCAUGGGGCCUAAAUUUGCUGGGCAGUUUUUAUGAGGUGUGAUUAGGAGAACUUUGUGUAUUCUCCUCCAUUUAAAGCAGCUCUAUAGCAGCCGCCUUCUCUAUGUUGCAACCUUCAGGUUUAUUGGACUAUAACUUCUAAAACGUGUGGAAUGUAUAGAAGUUAAUAGCCAAAUAUUUAAAGGGCACCGACUUGGGGUGGAAUUGGGGUGCUGCUUUGCAGCCUUAUGGAAGGUAUGUGUAUCCUUUUAUGCGUUUGUGUCUGAAAGGAAUAAUUGUAAGAUGGAAUGCUGCAGUUAAAAUAGCAAUUUAAAAUUGUAAUCCAUUUCCUUAUUCCCGUUCCAAUGAGUUAUGGCCUAAAUACUUUUCUAUUUUAAAAUAUUAAUUUAUUGUCUACAUAAAUGGAUGAACACAAUAUAAGUAAGAGAUCCAAAGAUAAAUAGGAAGAUAUGUCCUUUUUGGGAGCUGCAACACAAGACAUUUGUUGUCAAACAACAAAUUUAUUUGUACCUAAUAAAGUUACCUAAGGCUUCUAAGGCUAGUUUAUUUUUUGAGUCUAUCUUAGCAGUAUAUUUUAUAGGUGUUUUACUAAAGAACCACAAAGUACUUUCCUGACCAUGCAGAGCAGGCUCAUAAAAAGCAAUUGUGAAGGAAGACUUUUAUUAGUAUGGAAUAGCUAAAUCUUAUCCUGAAAUGAUAGAGUGCUGAUGGCAGCAUUUGGCAUGUCAUCUACACUGAAAAUCAAUGGGAGUAAAUCUUAAUGUACAGCAAAUUGAUAUACCUACCAUGUACUUUAAUAUGUUUCCCUUUAUCCUCCUAAAGUUACAAUAAUGUAACUGGGCAGUCCUUUUUCUUUUAAGGAAAAAUUACAAAGACAUUUGCAUAAGAGGGUAUUUGUUUUUAAAGCUUUUGUAAAUAAAGGCUUCAAUAAUGUUUUCUUACAUAUUUAAGAGACUUGUGGUUUUGAUUUGAAACCCCACUGGCAUGUCUGUGUAUCUGUCUAGCCUCUUACUUCUUUGUCAUCUUAAUUCAGUGUGGUCUGUUAGUCAUACUUUGGCUGCUCCAAGUAUCAUCACUAUAGUCACUUUAGAGUGCUCAAAAUGUGGUUGAAUAUAGCAAGAGCAAAUCUUUCGAUUUCCAUGUUUGUUAAGAACUGGCUAUAUAAUGUGUUUGCUGCUCAUCAGUGAAGUGGGAAGGACCUGAAAGUCAAAUGUUGUGCUCAGGUAUAAUUUCUCAUUCAAUAGCAAUAACCUGCCUUACUAAGAAGCUUACUUGAAUUUAUGCAGUCCAGCAAGUAGGUGAGAAGGUUAACAUGCCAUCAGAUAUCUUUAAAGACUAAAUAUUGUUCUUCAUGUACCUUGUUGGGAGCUACAGACCCUAAUAACUGCUGCUUGUGAUUUGCCAAGUGGAUAAAAACUCAACUAUGCUGUAAACAUAGCAGUUCUGUAGUUAGUAUUUCUGCUGCUGGGAAAUUUGUAUAUUUAAGUUCAAGUAAUAACUGGACUAUUUUAUACCAAGUUGACAAUAGAUUGUGCCUUGAUGAAGUACUAAUCAUAAAUGCCUCUUGUCCAUCACUGUUGAAAAAAACUCACUGAAUUCCACACAAAUCAAUAUCUGAACUAUACUAUAUUGGAUUUAUUUUAUCAUGAGGUAAAUAAUAGUGGAUUUUUUUCACUGACCAUACCUUUUAUGAUGUUGGCAAUGGAAUUAUUUACUGAUGUUUUGUACAAAAGCAAGGAGAAAAUGAAAUAAACUCAUAAUUCAUACAAUGGAA